AUGGAUUUUGAAUUAGAGCCUACACUAGAAUCAAUAGUCAAACAAGAUACCCUUAAGUGGAUUUUUGUUGGAGGUAAAGGUGGUGUUGGGAAAACCACUACCUCUUCAUCUAUUGCAGUUCAAUUAGCUUUAGCAUAUCCUAAGGAACAGUUUCUUUUAAUUUCCACUGAUCCAGCACAUAAUUUAUCCGACGCAUUUUGUCAAAAGUUUGGGAAAGAUGCUAGACCAGUUGAAGGCUUGAGCAACUUACUGUGUAUGGAAAUUGACCCUGAUGCUGCUAUGAGUGAUUUGCAACAACAAGCUAGUCAAUAUAAUAAUGACCCUAAUGAUCCAUUAAAAUCAAUGAUGAGUGAUAUGACGGGAUCCAUUCCUGGUAUUGAUGAAGCAUUGUCAUUUAUGGAAGUUUUGAAGCAUAUCAAGAAUCAAAAGGUGGCGACUGAAAAGGUUCUUACUGAUGGUUCCAGUGGUAGUGAUGAAAAGAAGUCCAUAGCGUAUAAGACCAUUAUUUUUGAUACUGCACCAACUGGUCAUACAUUGAGAUUUUUGCAAUUACCUGCAACUUUAGAGAAGUUAUUGGGUAAGUUUAGAGAAUUAUCUGGUAAAUUGGGGCCCAUGUUGAAUAUGCUUGGAGGUGGGAACCAACAAGAUAUUUUUGAAAAGCUUAAUGAAGUGCAAAAAAAUGUUAGUGAAGUCAAUGAACAAUUUACUAAUCCUGAUUUAACUACAUUUGUUUGUGUUUGUAUUUCUGAGUUCCUUUCACUUUACGAAACUGAAAGAAUGAUUCAAGAAUUGAUGAGUUAUAAUAUGGAUGUCAAUUCCAUUGUUGUUAACCAAUUGUUAUUUGCUGAAGAUGAUGAUUGUAAAAGAUGUCAACUGAGAUGGAAAAUGCAAAAGAAGUAUUUGGAACAAAUGGGUGAAUUGUAUGAAGAUUAUCAUUUGGUUAAGAUGCCGUUAUUAGGUUGUGAAAUUAGAGGUGUUGAUAACUUGAAGAAAUUUUCCAAAUUCUUAUUGACUCCUUAUGAUCCUAAAUCAGAUGGCCAUUUAGUCUUUGAUUUAGAAGAGAAGUAA